GGCUGUACCGGUACGCGAGGAGCCGAUCGCUGUGGACGCGGUCAGUCAAACAUGCCCCACCGCUAGAAUUCCGGGCUGCAUCGUUGUCACCUCUCAUCUCGGCAGUCUCAAUCCACCUCCCUCCCUCCUCGCAGCCUCGUCUCCCGUUCAUGUUUGGAUCUCUCUUAUCUCGCAACCUGAGAGUUGCGAAGCACAGAGUCAUGAACCAGACGAACUCCGCCCGACCGCAGACCCCAAGGGUGGAGGAGCCAACAGCCAUAGCACAGAAAGGAAAGUCGAAGGUCAAAAUUACCGCCGGCGACGGAUCAAGGCGUGAUGGCGCAGAGAUAGAGACCGAGAAACCCCGAGACACCAAUGGAUCCGCCGAGCACGAGGUGGAGGAAGAAGAGGAAGAGGAAGAAGAGGACGACGAGGACGAGGAAGAGGACGACGAUGAUGAGGAUGACGAUGUAGACAAGUGAGUUCAAGUUUUUGCUUCCCCGGAAAAUGCUCUGGCCGUCCACAUCCACCAGUAUUGCUCACUUCGCAUGGGACAAUCAUGCCGCUUGACCCUUCUGACCUGUUUUGCGCCAGCUUCACAACCUCCGAGAUCGUGACCGUCCACGUCGGCCCCAAGCGCAAACGGUUCCACCUCCAUCGCGACCUGAUCUGCCAACGCUCCCCCUUUAUGGAGAAAUGUCUCCAGAAGAACCGCUUCGAUGAGGGUUACAAGAACGAACUCUACCUCCCUGAAGACGACCCCAAGGCGUUCAGCAUAGUGGUCGAGUGGAUAUACAGAGGAAGACUACCCAGCUUUGGGACCUUUGGAACGAGCGCAAACGGCAGUGCCAGUGCCGCAAGUGCGAGGCCGGGGACGACCGGGUUGGACAUGUGCGAUAUGUCUGCCGCGUACUGCAUGGCGGACAAGUUUGGCAUGGAGGAGUUGCAGAAUGGAAUCAUGGAUUGCAUACGGACGAAUUAUCGACUGGGCAGUGGCAGUGGAAGCGGUGGUGGGAACGGGCAUAACCACGCUCAUAUCCAUCACAUUAUCGGCAGUGGGCACAGCAGCAGAGAAUCCAACCGGCCGAGCCUCGUCUCAAGCCUGUCGGCAGCAGACAGAGACGCUCAAACAGCCACCGACUCUGCGUCAUCUCCAAUCAUCCGCCCCAACUAUUCGGCGGUGGCUCUCGUCCACCUCCAUGGACCGCACAAAUCACCGCUGAAACGAUUCUUCAUCGAACACCUCGUCCACCACAUGAUGACCUUCCCACGCUACUACCAUGAGAACCUGAGGAAAAACGAGGACAACGAUCGCGCGGAAUUCGAAGAACUCUUCAAGAUCCCCGAACUGUCGUUGCUGAUCAUGCGCAAGAUCUGGCAAUGGCAAAUCGAAAAGUUUGGCGACCCGGCGAGGGACAAGGGCUGUGCCUACCAUGUGCACUCGACCACGCAAUGCGACACGAAGAUGAGGUCUGCUUCUUCCAUGGCGGGGAAAGGUGCCGUGGGGAAUCGACCGCUGGGGUCAGGCCUGGGAGGGAGUCCCAGUACGCAUCCCGCGGUGCUUUUGCAGAACUUGGCCAGGAACCAGCAGGGGCAGGCUGGAUGGAUGAGUGGCUCAUCGACGACUUUGGGUGGAUGGCACCCUGGCGUUGGGUGGUAGGAACGCCCGAGCGACCAACUGCUGCCACAAGAAGAACAACGCGCGCCGUGGAGACAGCAGCAGCAGGAGGCGAUUGACGACGAUUCUUCCUAGCCGACGAGACCAGCGCGCACAGGGGUCGAGCUCUGAAGGUGCCUCAGAAGAUGAUUUGGGUCAGUCGGGAAGCAGAUUUCUUGUCCAGGAGAUCCACGGCUUCAAUAGCUGUGUUCCUUCUUGGAGCAGCCAUUUCACUUUCGACAUUGUUCUCUUACGACUUGGGCGCACAGGGCGCGAUCGAUGGGAUAUCUGUCUGUAUUGCAUGGGGUCAAGACGAAGGGUGUUUUGGCGCAAGAGGGUUCAAAUGUUCACUCCGAGCGGGUGCUGGAUCUUUCUCCAGGGUCGUGCAAUGUAGAGCGGGUUUUGACAUGAGCAGGUAUGAUGCCUUGAUAUGACUGAUGAGACUCUACUAGCAUUUCUUGUCACAAUUCCAUACCAUUUCUUACGC